GAGAAAUUGAUGUCGCUAAAAUAUUUACGACAUUUAUCAUGUCAAACGAUAUUUUAUUUAAGGAGAGAUGGUUAACCAUAAAUGGAGAUCUUUAUAUGCAAAGUAAAUAAGUAAUUAACAGAAAGAACGGCUAUAGAAGGGAUCAGUAAAUUAAACUAUACACUAUAGAAACUAAGAAAACUUUUUCAACUUAUAAGGCAUUUUAUCCAUAUUAAAAACUAUUACAUAUAAAAAAUGCCUAAUUUGCCAUAGUUAUAAACGGCUUAAAAAAAGUGUCAAUGUACUGUGGUGUGGAUCUUCCUGCGUAUAAGUCCUAAACGGCCAAAAAUGGAUGUCAAAGGGGAGGAGGGGGCUAGAAACUGACAAUUGAUGAUUUAAACUGAUUCCUUCCUUCAUCAAUUGAACUUGUUAAUUAGUAUAACUUAUCAAGAUUGAUAUAUCUAAGACAUCAUGUCAUACGAGAAAUUACCUUUAGAACCAUUAUUCGCUAAGAUUGAUGAAUUGAAACCUCAAUUCAUUUCAAGAUUAGAAAAAGCCAUUGCUAUUCCAUCAGUAUCAAGUGAUGAAAGUUUAAGACCAAAAGUGGUUGAAAUGGCUCAUUUCUUAGUUAAGGAAUUAACUAGUUUAGGAUUUGAAGAUAUUCAAUUAAGAGAAUUAGGUAUUCAACCUCCACCUGUUAUCAAUAAAUCAUUACAUUUACCUCCUAUUGUGUUAGGUAGAUAUGGUAAUGAUUCAUCUAAAAAAACAGUGUUAGUUUAUGGUCAUUAUGAUGUUCAACCUGCUUUACUUGAAGAUGGUUGGAAUACUGAACCUUUCAAAAUGCAUCAUGAUGAAGUUAAAGAUAUCUUAUAUGGUAGAGGUUCAACUGAUGAUAAAGGACCAGUUUUAGGUUGGUUAAAUGUUAUUCAAGCCCAUCGUGAAUUAGGUUGGGAAUUCCCCGUUAAUUUAGUGGUUUGUUUCGAAGGUAUGGAAGAAAGUGGGUCAUUAGGUUUAGAUGCUUUAGUUGCCCAAGAAGCUAAACAAUAUUUUAAAAAUGUUGAACAAGUUACUAUUAGUGAUAAUUAUUGGUUAGGUACUACUAAACCAGUUUUAACUUAUGGUUUAAGAGGAUGUAAUUAUUAUCAAAUUAUAGUUGAAGGUCCAGGUGCUGAUUUACAUAGUGGUAUCUUUGGAGGUAUUAUUGCUGAACCAAUGACUGAUUUAGUUAAAGUCUUGUCAACUUUAGUUGAUUCAUCAGGUGCUAUUCAAAUCCCAGGUAUUAAAGAAAUGAUUGCUCCAUUAACUGAAAAGGAAGAUAAAUUAUAUGAUGAUAUUGAAUUUUCAGUUGAAGAAUUAAAUGCUGCUGCUGGAUCUGAAACUGCUUUACAUGAUAAUAAAAAGGAUAUUUUAAAACAUAGAUGGAGAUAUCCAUCUUUAUCAAUCCAUGGUAUUGAAGGUGCUUUCAGUGGUGCUGGUGCCAAGACUGUUAUUCCUGCUAAAGUGAUUGGUAAAUUCUCCAUUAGAACUGUUCCAAACAUUGAAAGUGCUAAAUUAGAUCAAUUAGUUUAUAAAUUUAUUAAUGAUCAAUUUAAAUCAUUAAACAGUCCAAAUAAAUUCAAAGUGGAAUUAAUUCAUGAUGGUGCUUAUUGGGUUAGUGAUCCAUUCAAUUCAUCCUUCCAAGCUGCUUCUAAAGCCACUCAAGAUGUAUGGAAUGUUGUUCCAGAUUUCACUAGAGAAGGUGGUUCUAUCCCAAUUACUUUAACUUUUGAACAAGAAUUAGGAGUUGAUGUUUUAUUAUUACCAAUGGGUAGAGGUGAUGAUGGUGCUCAUUCUAUUAAUGAAAAAUUAGAUGUUAGUAACUAUAUCAAUGGUUGUAAGACUUUAGGUGGUUAUUUACAUUAUUACGGUAAGUCUUAGAUAGUCCCUUUAGUUAGAUCUUAUUAGUAUAAAAUUAAUAAUUAUAUCCCUUUUAACUGUAUACUUCCCAUG